UUCCUGGACCUUGCGAUCCUGAAGACUUAAUCGAUGGAAUAAUUUUUGCUGCCAAUUACCUUGGCUCAACUCAACUCCUUUCUGAUAAAACACCCUCCAAGAAUGUGAGGAUGAUGCAGGCUCAAGAAGCUGUCAGCAGGAUCAAGAUGGCCCAGAAAUUAGCCAAAAGCAGGAAGAAGGCUCCAGAAGGUGAAUCUCAACCCAUGACUGAAGUGGACCUCUUCAUUUCUACACAAAGAAUAAAAGUACUGAACGCAGACACACAGGAAACCAUGAUGGAUCAUCCCCUGCGGACCAUUUCUUACAUUGCAGAUAUAGGAAAUAUAGUUGUUUUGAUGGCUCGUAGGCGAAUGCCACGGUCUAACUCCCAGGAUAAUGUGGAAGCAUCUCACCCUUCCCAAGAUGGAAAGAGGCAGUACAAAAUGAUUUGCCAUGUCUUUGAGUCUGAGGAUGCUCAGCUGAUUGCACAGUCCAUAGGUCAAGCAUUUAGUGUGGCCUACCAGGAAUUUCUGAGGGCAAACGGAAUCAACCCUGAAGACCUUAGCCAGAAGGAGUACAGUGACUUGCUCAAUACCCAGGACAUGUACAAUGAUGAUCUGAUUCACUUCUCCAAAUCUGAAAACUGCAAAGAUGUUUACAUUGAAAAGCAAAAGGGAGAGAUCCUAGGUGUAGUGAUCGUGGAGUCUGGCUGGGGAUCCAUUUUGCCUACAGUCAUCAUAGCCAACAUGAUGCAUGGAGGACCAGCGGAGAAGUCUGGGAAGCUGAACAUAGGGGACCAGAUCAUGUCAAUCAAUGGGACCAGCUUGGUUGGUUUACCACUCUCAACGUGUCAGAGCAUUAUAAAGGGUUUGAAAAACCAGGCCCGGGUUAAACUGAACAUAGUUAGGUGUCCUCCAGUAACCACAGUCUUGAUCAGGAGACCAGACCUCAGAUAUCAGUUGGGCUUCAGUGUGCAGAAUGGGAUUAUCUGUAGCCUUAUGAGAGGAGGUAUUGCAGAGCGAGGAGGUGUGCGUGUCGGCCAUCGUAUCAUUGAAAUCAAUGGACAAAGUGUUGUAGCAACACCCCAUGAGAAAAUUGUUCACAUUCUCUCAAAUGCUGUUGGUGAGAUUCAUAUGAAGACUAUGCCAGCUGCCAUGUACAGACUGUUGACUGCACAAGAGCAACCAGUUUACAUCUGA